AAUGCAAUUAGGUGGUGUCGCACUAACCACUCAAGCGUUCGCUACAUAGGAAGUUGUAGCAAGGUCGAAACAGUUGAAAUAACUUCCGGUGCGCCAGAUUUGAAUAGGCUCCUUUUAAAGGAAAGCUGGUGAUACGGGAGGAAUUUGCGGUGAUGGACGAUGAGACCAACAACCUGUUUAAGAGGGUGGCUGGGAAGCUGGGCUGGGUCGGACCAGGAGGACUGGACUCAGCCGAGAAAGAGCUGGCCAGACGCAUAGGGAAGGGUAGGCAUCCGCUAACUGGAGAUCGCAAUGCUGGUGCUGCAUCGACUGUCGCGCUCGAGCUGUCAGACAGUGACAGCUCGUGUAAGGAGAACUGGCCGGGAAACGAGGAGUGCCGCCAGAACCGUGUCCGGCUUGACUCCAGCAACAAUAACGUUGACUAUUUUCUGGCUGAGAAGGCCACUCCUAAACCAGCUGCCCAGCGACCGCUGUCACGACCACAGAGUAACAGUCUACCUGUCCAGCGGGUUAGCUCUGGCAGUGACAGUAGCUUUGAGGAGUUCCUGAGUAAAGUGAAAACACCCAAGUCCAAGCCAAUGGCAGCACUCAGGAACAGCAGUGAUGACAGCCUCAAACAUUUCAUCGUGGACAGCGUUUCCUCUGAUGAUGACUUUGCCACAGAGAGGAUGAAGAAACCCGCUCCCAAGAGUAAACCGAAGACCCCCAAGUCUCUCCAGGUCCCCCGGCCUGUGGCGAGACGCCCCCCUUCUCAGUGGGAGUCGCCCGUUUUCCUCAGCGACAGUGACAGUGACAGGGACGAAGGAGUGGUCAUCAGGAGCACAUGGAAGUCUCGCCACACCCCGCGCGGGCCACGCACAGCUGGGCAGGAGGGCGGGGCCCAGGCGCAUGUUCAUUCUGCUUCUGCCUCCGCCUCCGCCUCGGCUCCUGCCCCCACCCCAAGAACCCCCUCCCCUUUCUUCCUUCCCCCUUCCUCCUCCUCCUCUUGCUCCUCGGUCACCCCGAAGCUGACGCACCGAGCUCCGCCCCCGCUGGACGAUUCGGCCAGCUCCGAGGAGGAGUUUCUGUCGCUGCUGGAGAGGCUCAAGCGGAACCACAGUGUGGGCAGCAACAGCACACAGAGGCCCAGUCCCAUCCCAGAGCCCAAGCAGAAGCCCUGUCUGUCAGUACCUCAUGGGCAGGGCCUGGGCGGGACAGGUCCACGCAAGGUGGAGAAAGGGUCACGGCGUGAUGGGACCCCAGUACAGCCAGCAAGCAGUCGACCCCAUGUCAGCCUAACAGAGCCUAGACCAGCAACAGGCAGCAGACUGGAUGCCUGCAAGACCCCGGGCUGUUUCCUGCAGACUCUGUCGGCCCCUGGGUCUCUGUACAACCGCAGCUUCAAGCAGAACAAGGAAGAGCUCACCAGCAGACUAUAUAAACUGUAUAACAGCAGUGUCUUUGAUAGCAAGCUCCCCUCUGACAUGUCUGUCAGCUGGAAUAAGAAGAUGCGGAAGACGGCGGGGUACUGCAUCACGGGGCAGGAGAGGGGGGGUGGGAACCGCUACGCCCGCAUCGAGCUCUCGGAGAAAGUGUGCGACUCUGCAGAUCGGCUGAGGGACACGCUGGUCCAUGAGAUGUGCCAUGCUGCCACUUGGCUCAUCAACGGCGUGCGCGACGGGCACGGAUCCUUCUGGAAGCUGUACGCCCGCAAGGCUACCCUGACCCACCCGGAGCUGCCUAUGGUGACCCGCUGCCACAGCUACGACAUCAACUAUAAGUACCAGUACCAGUGCAGUCGCUGCAAGAACACGAUCGGACGUCACUCCAAGUCCCUGGACACUCAGAGAUUUGUGUGCGCGCUGUGCACGGGCCAGCUGGUCCUCCUCACCCCGGCCAAGCCCCGGGGCGCCACCCCCUUCGCCAACUUCGUGAAGGAGAACUACGGGACGGUGCGGCAGGCGUUGGGGGGUCAGAGCCACGCGGACGUCAUGCGGAAGCUCAGCGCCGACUUCGCCUCCAAGACUCGGCUCAGCCAGAGCUGAGGCCCCUGGCAGGGGGUCCCGGCCUCACCCUGCGAGGGUCUCGCAUACCUCACCCAACUCCUCACCUGAGCCAUCAGCUUCUUCUCCUAGUCCUGACUGAGUUGUCAAAAGCUGAACUGGUCCGAACUGUUCUUAAGAUGAUCUUGCGUCCAAAAGGAACAUUUCAGUGUCAACAGCUGAAUGGGGUUUGACCAUGUUGAUCGCUGCACAGUUGACUGUUUACUUUUUAUUUGAAUCCUUCAAUCUAUCACGGCUGCACCAAGUUAGCCUGGUUGGCUUGUUACAUGAAGUCCUGCUUUACGGAAUCUUAAUUUUGUACUUAAUGUUAUUUUAUUUUAUACAAUCUUGGCAUUAUGUGAAACUGGCCCACUACAGAUUCUGAUUUAAAAUUGACAGGAAAGGGAUUUUAAAAAAAUGUCUUUAUGCAUAGCCCUGAAACCAGUUAUUGAUUAUACACUGGUCUUCAUGCAUAAUCCUCAGGUUUCAUUGUAGCAUUUAACUUGUUUUAACUGGUCUUUUGCCUGUUGUUGAUGUGAAGUCUAGUCUUUCUAAGUGUGGAGUAUAAAUGUAUCCCAGACCAUUCUGUGAAAAAUUUUUGAAUUUCCUAAUAAAGGCUUAAUUGUUAUUUUUGCUCAAAA